AUGUUGCAGAUUGAAAAGACGCAUCAACGGAAGACCAUUCCUCCAGCAAAUACUUUGAAAACGGGGCAUCACUUUACUGACCAUAUGCUCACUAUUCCUUGGAUACUGGAUGGAGGCUGGGGCACGCCAAAGAUCCAACCAUACGGUCCGCUAAGCUUUGAGCCCAGUUGCUCUGUGUUCCACUACGCCCACUGUCUUUUUGAGGGUUUAAAGGCAUACAGACGUGCCGAUGGACGAGUGACCAUGUUUCGUCCUGGCAUGCACAUGACGCGAAUGAACGCGAGUGCAGCGCGAAUCACACUACCUACAUUCGACGGAGAUGAACUCCUCAAACUUAUCAUGGAACUUGUCAGAAUAGAUCAGGCAUGGAUUCCUCAACCGACGGGGCAAGGUCUAUAUAUUCGGCCCGUUCUCAUUGGCACUCAGACCAAAAUCGGGCCCUGGCCUCCUGAUGCGGCACUUCUCUAUGUCAUGUGUAGUCCGGCGGGACCAUACUCCUCGCACCCAGUGGCGCUACAAGCAACGACAGGAUUCACGCGAGCUUCAGUUGGAGGCACUGGGGAUUUCAAAGUCGGUGCCAACUACGCCUUGGGGCUCCUUCCCCAGAAGCAAGCCGCAAGCCUAGGGUACGAUCAAAUUUUAUGGCUUCAUGGGCCGGAGCACUAUCUCACCGAGGCAGGAACAAUGAAUCUCUUUGUCGUCCUCAAGAACGCGACCGGUGCACUCGAGCUUGUGACACCACCACUGGAUGGCAUGAUCCUUCCAGGUAUCACUCGUGAUUCUGUGCUCACGAUAGCGCGCGAACAUGUCUCGGGAGUGAGACCGCUCCCUAAGCUGCCCAGAAAACUCACUGUCACCGAACGUCCCAUCACCAUGAAGGAGUUUCAAAAUGCGGCCGAGUCGGGUAGCCUUUUAGAGAUGUUCGGAACCGGCACCGCUGUUGUCGUGAGUCCUGUCAACAGGAUCGGGUAUAUGGGAAAGGAUAUACAUAUCCCGGGGGAAGCUGACGGUAUGGGGCCGGUAUCGAGGCCGCUGUGGGGGGAGUUGAUUGGAAGGCAGACAGGAGUGAUGCCCUGUAAAUGGAGCAUUGAAGUGUCGACGUAA